AUUAAAAAUUAAAAAUUGUAUCCAGAUUCUUCUAGACAUUCUCUGUCUACAGAUUCUUUGCCACUUUGUGUCCAAUGGUCUCGCUCAGUACGUGCCUUGUUUCUUGUUUCCGGCAGGAAGGGAUAUGAAGAAUGAUGGAAUUGGUUCUGCUAACAUUUCUGCUUUACACUGUAUCGAUCUCUCCAGCCCUGACAUUCAUACCUCUGUUUCUCUCCUCAAACAGGCUUGCUUAGAUUCAGGAUUUUUCUAUGUUGUCAAUCAUGGUAUUAGCCAGGAGUUUAUGGAUGAGGUUUUCGCUCAAAGCAAAAAGCUCUUUGACCUUCCUUUGGAAGAGAAGAUGAAGCUUCUUAGAAAUGAAAAACAUCGGGGCUACACUCCUAGUCUAGAUGAACAUUUGGAUCCUGACAAUCAAAUAAAUGGUGACUAUAAGGAGGGAUAUUACAUUGGUGUUGAAAUACCUGAAGAUGAUCCUGAAGCUCAUAGACCAUUUUAUGGGUCAAAUGUGUGGCCUACUGCAGGUACCUUGCCUGGAUGGAAGGAAACUAUGGAGAACUAUCAUCAUGAGGCACUUGAGGUGACAAAAGCAGUAUCAAGGCUCAUUGCCCUAGCACUUGAUCUUGAUGUUGACUUUUUUGAUCGGCCAGAGUUUCUUGGCAGACCAAUUGCUACUUUGCGCCUGCUGCAUUAUGAAGAGAAACUUUCUGAUCCAUCAAAUGGAAUUUUUGGAGCUGGUGCACAUUCUGACUAUGGUCUGAUAACUCUUUUGGCCACAGAUGAUGUCUGUGGCCUUCAGAUAUGCAAGGAUAAGGAUACAAAGCCUCAGAUUUGGGAGUAUGUUCCACCAUUGAGAGGUGCUUUUGUAGUGAAUCUUGGUGAUAUGCUUGAGCGCUGGAGCAAUGGUAUUUUCAGGUCAACACUGCAUCGGGUUCUUGGAAAUGGUCAAGAAAGAUUUUCUAUUGCAUAUUUUGUGGAGCCCAGUCACGACUGUCUUGUUGAAUGCUUGCCAACCUGUCAAUCAAAAGUUAACCCACCGAGGUAUCCUCCAAUCAAAUGCGAGGCCUACUUGCUCCAGCGUUACAAAGAUACUCAUGCUGAUCGAAAUUCUUACAAAUGAGAUUCUUGGUAACUGGUAAAAUAUGUUAGGGAAAGAUACGACAAUAUUGAUAUUGGACUAGAAUUAAAUAUAGUAUGUAGUCAAAUUAUCACAAAUACUGUGUUGUGGCGAGCGACUGCGUUGAAAGCGAUUUCGGCGAGACUUCGGUGCAAAUCAUUGUAGCCGGUUGCUCCCCAAGGUUUCACAGUUACUUUCAAACGCGUGCACUCGUGGUUGAAAGUUUAUAGUUUUUUUCAUUUUGUUUUAAGGCCCCAUCGACGAAAGAAUAAAUCGGAAAAUAGUCAAUUUGCACAAAUGCUAUUGCCUUGAAAUUCACCAAGAAUAGGAAAAAUGAUUAUUUGAGACAAUAAAGAAUUGGUGAAAGAUAGGUAAAUGAAAGACUCUUUAUUUUGUUUCUCUUCCAUAUGUUUAGCUCACAAAUGAUACUCCUUCAAUAGGCAUAUCAUUUUACGUUUUCAUCUAUCAGAAGAAUGUAAGAAGUUUAAUUAAUGAAAUGAAAUAUUACUCUUGCUUUAAUGACAAAGUU